GUUUAGUCUUGCCAGAGCGAGGGCCCUGAAAUUUUCCAACGCGCCCAAUGUGGACUUUGGUCUUGACAUGUUGGAUUCUGUCAACGUUGCUUCCAUGUGGGGCUGCUCCGCAGAUGUGUAAUGGCACUGACCAGCUGGGGCUUCUCCAAAUCUCCAGGCCUGCGAAAAAGCAGCAUGAGAAGGUGGAGACGUGCUCAGCCUCAGAUGACCAGAAAGUGCAGUACAUCGAAUCAGAACUCGUGGGGCUUUCCAACUGGGCCAUUGCGGAGGAUGUGAACGAGGCCAUGGAGCUGGUUACAGGAGAAUUGGAAGCUGAGUACGAGGUCAUUGAGAGCGACGGACUGACCAUUGGAACAAAGUCAUGGACCGAUCGUCUGCAGCAGGUGGGAGAGAACGCAGCCGAAUUGGCGGGGAAAUCUGCGGCCAAGAAAGUCUCCAAGAAGUUCUUAAGUACAAUUCCUUUUGCUGGUGGAAUCUUGACCACGAUUGUUGACAUUUUUUGGCCGACCUCUGCCAGCAUUUAUGACAUUUGGCAGCUGAUCGUUGGCCAGGUGGAGAAAUUGGUUGACUUGGCCAUCCUGAAGAAGGAAUUGAUUGAUCGCUAUGCCGACCUCUUGGCCAUCAGGAGGGACCUGCUGCGGUUUACGAACAGCAAGUCCGACACCGACCGCGGAAACUUUCUUAGCAUUGCUUUGGCCAAGACGGAGGAUGUCAUGGCACACCUCACAGCUUCCGAGAGUCAUGUCCAGUUCAUUCCCCUGACCAUCGCGACAGCGACAAUCCAUUGCACCAUCCUACGCCUGAGGGCCAUCGUUGGGCCAACGCUCUAUGGUGACCUUGAUAGCUCCUGGCAGAUGGAGCUUCAGGCCGCGGUGGCGUUUUAUCAAAGCUAUUUCAACUACGCGUAUGGCGAAUGGUACUCCUGGCGCGCAUCGCAACUUUCAGACGACGUUGACUCUGGAAAAGGAGCCACCAGGAGAAGGGACUGCAAAGCCAAAGUCAAAGAUGACCUCACUGGAGAAGAGUUUGAUGUGGAAGUUGACUACUCGGACUCAAUCAGCUGCAACGAUAUUUGUGCGUGGCAAAAGGACCGCAUUGUACGAAGCUACGCAGUGUCCAUAGUUCAGGCGUUGCAACCUGUGAUGUACCUUCAACGCUACAUUCCGGGCAUGGAAAGUGCAGCCGUUCAAGUGCUCCCUGCCAUCAAGUACGUGACGCUUGGGCCCUAUGCAGCCUACACACAGCCCAUCUCCUAUGUGAAGUACCAGGGGAAAGGGACUAUCGACCCCAGGUAUGAUUGUGACUAUGAUCAUGGUAGCUACGGGUAUAGUGGCCCUGGUGAGAUUGUCAAGUUUACCAUCCGUUCAGGUGCAGAUAUCGAUCAGAUCCUCAUUGAUUUUGAGGACGGUCAAAGCUGCAUUGGGGGUGGCAGCGGUGGAGAUAUCACAGAGCUCCAGCUUUCCGAUGACAAGUACAUUUCGAAACUUGCACAUCUUUGCUUCAACGACGUGCACAUGACUCACAUAGAGAUCCUUACCUCUGAUGAUGAAAACACAAGUCGUGGGAGCGGUACUUGUGAUACUCAUGGCGACGCCUACGUUACGGAUGAUGACACCUACAAACUGGUAGGAGCUAGUUUGCACAGAGUUCGCUUGGAAGACAGCGGAGAAUAUCGUUUGGGUCAUAUGGAGCCGAUGUUUGAGUACACCGGGCUCCCGGUUUGGGAAUCUGCUGGGUCUUUCGAUUUGGCUUCGGACCUGCUGAAGACUGGCGAGAUGCUGAAAGUGCAAAGUGGCCUACUUCCCCCCAACAACAUGUACAGGUUCGUGCUGCAGGAGGAUGCCAACCUGGUCAUUUAUGACCUCUUUGACGAGGUGAAAUGGACCAGUGACACAGCCAAAGAAUGCGGCGAUGCAUCUUCACUCCAACUUCGCUUUGAAAACGAUGGCAAUCUGGUGCUCUACUGUGGUGAAGAGGUCCUGUGGCAGACCCAGACAGAUGCAGCUGUGCCCAUUUGCCGCGUGGUAGCCAUGCAGAACGAUGGCGCACUGGCCAUGUACAAUGUGGGGAAUCAGUCGGGCGUUUGGUCGAGUACCAAAUCCAUUCCACUGGGCUUUGGACCCAGCAACUUGACCAGCCCUCAUAGUCUAACGGUGGGCAUGCGCUUGGUGCAAUCUUCCUGGAAGCAGUUCGAGUUCUCCCUUGAAGGGGGGAAACCCACGCUGAAGGAAUGGCAAGGAAGCACCCUUUGGACCAGUGAUGAGGGUUGCGAAGCCAGCGAAAGUACCGCGCAUCUCAGGAUGCAAGAGGAUGGCAACCUGGUUUUGUUCUGUGAUGAAGACAGCACCGUGGCCCCUUGGGCCACAAACACAUGCGAUCCAUCGCUGGAAGAGUUGAGCGGUGAGAAUGCGCUCUUCUUGAAUGCCGAUGGCAAUUUGGUCCUCAUCAACAAGAGAGGUGAGACUACAUGGACUUCGGCUUCAGGUCAAGAAUAUCAAUACUUUCCGCCAGCAAAUUGA